CUCCACGCUCCGCAGCUGGGCUGGCUCCGGCGCUCGGCUCAGUUUCAGGCUCCGCCGCUUGUCAGUUUCACGGCGGAGCUUGCGCCCGGCUCAGCAUCUCUCCGCGGGGGCGGGGGGAGCAGCGCCCCGCUCAGCCCCGCGCGGCCGGAGCUCAGCAUGACCUCGCCCCCUGCAGCCGCCGCACACACCCCCUGGCUGCGCCCGUCCCCAGCUGAACCGGGGCGGCUCCGGCCCCGGGACCCCCCGCCCCGCCUGCAAGACACGCCGCGGCUGGGGUGGUGAGAGGCCGCGGGCAUGGCGGCCCCUGGGGACUGCUGCGUUCAGGUGGCGGUGAGGAUCCGUCCCCAGCUGUCAAAGGAGAAGAUUGAGGGAUGCCACAUCUGCACUUCAGUGACACCUGGGGAGCCCCAGGUGCUGCUGGGAAAGGACAAGGCGUUCACCUAUGACUUUGUGUUCGACCUGGACACGUGGCAGGAGCGGAUCUACACCACCUGUGUCAGCAAACUCAUCGAGGGCUGCUUCGAAGGAUACAAUGCCACUGUGCUGGCAUAUGGCCAGACCGGAGCUGGGAAGACGUACACCAUGGGCACCGGCUUUGACACAAACAUCUCGGAGGAGGAGCACGGGAUCAUCCCGCGGGCCAUCUCCCACCUCUUCAGCGGCAUCGAGCAACGCAAACGGGCAGCGCAGGAGCGUGGCACAGCCGUGCCGGAGUUCAAAGUCAGCGCCCAGUUCCUAGAGCUCUACAACGAGGAGAUCCUGGACCUGUUCGACAGCGCUCGGGACCCCGACUCCCGCCACCGCAAGUCCAACAUCAAAAUCCACGAGGAUGCCAGCGGCAGCAUCUAUACCACAGGCGUCACCUCCCGUCUCAUCAGCUCCCAGGAUGAGCUGAUCCAGUGCCUGAAGCAGGGAGCUCUGUCCCGCACAACCGCCAGCACCCAGAUGAAUGUCCAGAGCUCCCGCUCCCACGCCAUCUUCACCAUCCACCUGUGCCAAAUGAGAGUCUGUGCCCAGCCCGACCUGGUGACCGGCCUUCCAGAGGGAUCCCAGGCCACCAGCGAGUAUGAGACCCUCACCGCCAAGUUCCACUUUGUCGACCUGGCCGGCUCGGAGAGGCUGAAGCGGACGGGAGCUACGGGCGAGAGAGCCAAGGAGGGUAUCUCCAUCAACUGCGGCCUGCUGGCGUUGGGAAACGUCAUAAGCGCCCUUGGAGACCAGAGCAAGAAAGCGGUGCACGUACCCUACCGAGACUCCAAACUGACCCGGCUCCUACAGGACUCCCUUGGGGGGAACAGCCAAACCAUCAUGAUCGCCUGCAUCAGCCCCUCUGACCGGGACUUCAUGGAGACCUUGAACACGCUCAAGUAUGCCAACCGGGCUCGCAACAUCAAGAACAAGGUGGUGGUGAACCAGGACAAAACUAGCCAGCAGAUCAGCGCCCUGCGGGCCGAGAUCGCCCGCCUCCAGAUGGAGCUCAUGGAGUACAAGGCGGGCAAGCGCGUGAUCGGGGAGGAUGGCGCCGAGGGCUACAGUGACUUGUUCCAGGAGAACGCCAUGCUCCAGAAGGAGAACGCCACCUUGCGCAUGAGGGUGAAGGCCAUGCAGGAGGCCAUUGAUGCCAUCAACAGCCGGGUCACCCACCUGAUGAGCCAGGAGGCCAAUUUGAUACUGGCCAAGGCAGGUGAUGGCAACGAGGCCAUCGGCGCCCUGAUCCAGAACUACAUCCGGGAGAUCGAGGAGCUCAGAACAAAGCUCUUGGAGAGCGAAGCCAUGAAUGAGUCGCUCCGCCGGAGUCUGUCACGGGUCUCUUCCAGGCCCCCGUACUCCCUGGGCUCGUCUCCAGGCCCGGGCCUGGGGGCACUCAGUAGCCCCAUGGUCUCCAUGGAGGCAGAGGCUUCUGAAGUCCUUCGGCGGGCCAAGCAGGACCUGGAGCGGCUGAAGAAGGAGACCAGGCAGCGGAGGAAGAGCCCAGAGAAGGAGACCUUUAAGAAGAGGCCAAAGCUGCAGCAGGAGAACGGGGAGGAGACGGACGAGAACGAGGAGGAGGAGGAGGAGCGGGAGGAGAGUGGCUGUGAGGAUGAGGACGAGGAUUCGGGCAGUGAGGAGAGCCUGGUGGACUCAGACUCCGAUGCGGAGGAGAAGGUGGCGAAUUUCCAGGCUGACCUGGCCGACCUGACCUGCGAGAUCGAGAUCAAGCAGAAGCUGAUUGACGAGCUGGAGAACAGCCAGCGGCGCCUGCAGACGCUCAAGCACCAGUAUGAGGAGAAGCUAAUCCUGCUGCAGAACAAGAUCCGUGACACCCAGCUGGAGAGGGACCGGGUGCUGCAGAACCUCAGCACCAUGGAAUGCUACACGGAGGAGAAGGCCAACAAGAUCAAGGCAGACUACGAGAAGCGGCUGAAGGAGAUGAAUCGGGACCUGCAGAAGCUGCAGGCGGCCCAGAAGGAACACGCUCGCCUGCUCAAGAACCAGUCGCGCUAUGAGCGGGAGCUCAAGAAGCUGCAGGCUGAGGUGGCAGAGAUGAAGAAGGCGAAGGUGGCACUGAUGAAGCAGAUGCGGGAGGAGCAACAGCGGAGGCGGCUGGUGGAGACCAAGCGGAACCGGGAGAUCGCCCAGCUGAAGAAGGAGCAGCGCAGGCAGGAGUUUCAGAUCCGGGCGCUGGAGUCUCAGAAGCGGCAGCAGGAAAUCGUGCUGCGAAGGAAAACCCAGGAGGUUUCUGCUCUGCGCCGCCUGGCCAAGCCCAUGUCGGAUCGGGUCUCUGGGAGGCUGAGUCAGAAGCCAGCCAUGCUGGACUCGGGUGCGGAGGUGUCUGCCAGCACCACCUCCUCGGAACCAGAGUCCGGCUCCCGCUCGGUCUCCAGCAUCGUGCGCCAGUGGAACCGGAAAAUCGACCACUUCCUGGGAGACCCUUCGCCCUCCAUGAAUGGGGCUCGGCCCGUCAGGAAGAAGUUCCCAAAGAAGGGGAUGAGCCAGACCUUCAGCAAGGCAGCCCGGCUCAAGUGGCAGUCACUGGAGCGGCGCAUCUUCGACGUCGUCAUGCAGAGGAUGACCAUUGUCAACCUGGAGGCAGACAUGGAGCGGCUGAUCAAGAAACGCGAGGAGCUGGCCCUGCUGCAGGAGGCGCUGCUGGGGAAGAGGGGAAAGCUGCAGGCGGAGAGCCCGGAGGAGCAGAAGGGCCUGCAGGAGCUGAACGAGGAGAUCGAGGUGCUGACAGCCAACAUCGACUACAUCAACGACAGCAUCGCCGACUGCCAGGCCACCAUCAUGCAGCUAGAGGAGACCAAGGAGGAGCUGGACUCCACCGAUACCUCUGUGGUGAUCAGCUCCUGCUCCUUGGCCGAGGCGCGCCUCCUGCUGGACAACUUCCUCAAGGCAUCCAUCGAUAAGGGGCUGCAGGUGGCUCAGAAAGAAGCCCAGAUCCGCCUGCUGGAAGGGCGCCUGAGACAAACGGAUGUGACUGGCUCCUCCCAGAACCAUGUGAUCCUGGAUGCCCUGCGGGAGAAAGCGGAGUCCCACCCUGAGCUGCAGGCGCUCAUCCACAACGUGCAGCAAGAGAACGGUUAUGCCAGCACGGACGAGGAGAUCUCGGAGUUCAGCCUGGCCUCAGAGGGGAGCUUCUCCCAGUCUUUCACCAUGAAGGGCUCAGCCAGCCAGGAUGACUUCAAGUUCAAGGGGGAACCCAAGCUGUCAGGCCAGAUGAAGGCUGUGUCGGCUGAGUGCCUGGGACCCACGCUGGACAUCUCCACCAAGAACAUCACCAAGUCCUUGGUGUCCCUCAUGGAGAUCAAGGAAGAUGGGAUCGGCUUUUCCAUCCGGGAUUCCUACUACAAGGAUAAGGUCUCCCGCACCAUCAGCCUGCCCACCCGCGGCAGCACCUUCCCUAGGCAGUCCCGUGGCUCGGACACCUCACCUCUGACCCGGAGGAAAUCCUAUGACCGGGGGCAGCCCGCCAGGACUUCGGACGUUGGCUUCACGCCUCCCUCGUCCCCUCCCACCAGGCCGCGCAAUGACCGCAACGUCUUCUCCCGCCUCACCAGCAACCAGAGCCAGGGCUCCGCGCUGGACAAGUCUGACGACAGCGAUUCCUCUGUCUCGGAGGUGCUGAGGGGCCUCAUUAACCCCGUGGGCGGUGCCAGGAGCGCCCGGACAGCCCCGCUGCAGUGCAUCUCCAUGGCGGAGGGACACUCCAAGCCCGUUCUCUGCGUGGAUGCCACUGACGAGCUGCUCUUCUCCGGAUCCAAAGACCGGAGCUGCAAAAUGUGGAACCUGGUGACAGGCCAGGAAAUCGCCUCGCUGAAGGGCCACCCCAACAAUGUGGUGUCCAUCAAGUACUGCAGCCACUCAGGAUUGGUCUUCACCGUCUCCACAUCCUACAUCAAGGUGUGGGACAUCCGGGACUCGGCCAAGUGUGUCCGCACCCUCACCUCUUCGGGUCAGGUGAUCUCCGGGGACGCCUGUGCUGGGACCACGACCCGCACCAUCGCCAGUGUGCAAGGCGAGCACCAGAUCAACCAGAUCGCGCUCAACCCCUCCGGCACCAUGCUCUACGCCGCUGCCGGGAACUCCGUCCGCAUCUGGGAGCUCAACAGGUUGCAGCCUAUCGGGAAGCUGACCGGCCACAUCGGACCUGUGAUGUGUCUGACUGUGAACCAGACCGUGAGCAACCAUGACCUGGUUGUCACCGGCUCCAAGGAUCACUACGUCAAGAUGUUUGAGAUCGCAGACAGCGUGGUGGGGAACGUCGUCCCCACCCAUAACUUCGAGCCCCCGCACUACGACGGCAUCGAGUGUCUGGCCAUCCAGGGCGACGCGCUCUUCAGCGGCUCCAGGGACAACGGGAUCAAGAAGUGGGACCUGGAGCAGCAGGAGCUCCUCCAGCAAAUCCCCAACGCGCACAAGGACUGGGUCUGCGCCCUGGCCUUCGUCCCCGGCCGCCCCAUGCUGCUGAGCGCCUGCCGCGGGGGCAUGGUGAAGGUCUGGAAUGUGGAGAACUUCACGCCCGUUGGGGAGAUCAAGGGCCACGACAGCCCCAUCAAUGCCAUCUGCACCAAUUCCAAGCACAUAUUCACUGCUUCCAGCGACCUGACGGUGAAGCUCUGGAGCAGGAGAAGAUUCCUGAACGGCCCAACCUAGGUGCUGGAAAGGCUGGAGCCAGGGCAACUGUCAGGCUCCCUGGUGGGCCCAGGCCCCAUCCCCUCUCCCUGGCAGUGAAGAGCUGGGAGCGGCCUGGCCUAUGUGUGCUCGUUUCCAGGACUCUGGGGUGAUGGCAUCUCAGCUGGGGCUUUGUGCACUGCCAGCUUCCAUGGGGAGGGGGCGUAGUUCCUGUCCAGCCCCAUGCUGGGUUUCAUGAUGCAUAGGGCUUUCUGCUGACCGGGACAUGACCUUGCCAGCCACGGGGAGGACCCUGAACUGAGAGACUCAACGGGAUCAUUCCAGUCUGUCCCACAGCCUGUUCAGCACCCCCAUCGCUGGGUCUCCUGACCAAAUCCGCAUGCUGCCUGGCAAUUGUCGACCUCUGCAUCUGACCCACCUCAUUCUGAGCCAGGAUGCUCCCCCUUCUGUCCCGGGGGUGGAGAGAAGGAAGCUGGCACAUUGGGGGAAAAAUCCCUGUGGGCAUCUCCAAGGAAAAGCGGAGUUUCUGGAUCUGUUCACUUUGCCCCCCUCCCUCGACCUGACUGAGCCUUAAUCGCGCACUGGUCCGUUCGCUCUUCCCUGUGGUCCCCUCACUGCCCAUUUGGACACCCAGCUUGGUGCCAUCUCUGCUGUGCAUGGGACUAGCUCGUUCCCAGCUGCUGCGGGAAGGGAUCAAAGCUUUUACAGUGGGUCUUUUAAAGAAUUUUUUUAGCACCCUUAAGAAUGGAUUGGGACCUGGGGAUUUUUAAUAGCCGGGAAAGGCUUUAAUGCUGGGGAAAGGGCUAAGCUCUCGGCACCAUCUCACAGGAGGGGUUUAGGUUUGCUUGGGGCAGUCCUGUGGGGCCUGGCUCAGGAGAGGUCCGGGAUUAGAGUAGUGUGUGGAUAGGUGGGCAGGGGGUAGUUAUAUGGUCAGGAGAGAGGUGCGUUGGCAACGGUGGAGGGCAUGGGGCACUCUGGACAGGAUCUGCAGCAGGGAGCAGGGCAGGGCUAGAAUGGAGCUGGAUGAAGGGGAGGACGGGUAGUGGGAGGGGCCACAUGAGACUUGAGGUGCAUUAGCAGAGCUGUGGGGGCAAUGAGUGGUUGCCCAUGCCCAUGGCCUGCCCAUGCUCUGCUUGCCACCCACCUGCACUGCCAGUCUGGCACAAGACACUAAAUCACCAAGGUCACCCCAGAUUUGGGUUUUAUAAAAGUCAAAAUUCCAUAA